CUAGAGUAAAUACAGCAGUAGUUUAUCCAGUCUUGGACUAUUUAAAUUAAAAAAAAAAAAUGUAGAUUACUUUAGAGCGAACAUACAAAGCCCAUGGAAUCUGUACCAGUCUGUAACUGCUGUUUAGGCAAUACAGUAUAUUAUUUUAAGUAUGCGACAGCUUGAUGAGAUUCUACACUUAUUUACAAGAUGGAAAACUGGACAUUUGAGUCACUUGAUAUAAAAAAUAUAUAUAUUUAUAUUCAAAUUUUCCUUCCAUCAUAUGUAUUCUCGUGUUAUUGAUUAAUUUGAAGUUUGAAUAAAAAUCAUACAGCACAGUACUAAUUUUCACUUUUCACUAAUAUGAUUCUGCUAUUUUGUCAAAACACCACAAGAGGGCGAUAGCUACCAAACUCCUCUCUUGGAACCUUCAGUGACGCUCUGUGUUUCCAGGCAGCGUCAGGGACAGCAGACUGAGGGGACCCACGUGUGUCGACUGUUCCUUGGAAUAAUGCCUAAGAAAGGAGGAAAAACAGCUUCUAAAGCUGGUGAAGGAGACGCACCUCCCAAACGAAACAAGACUGAACCUGCAAGAAUCCCCUCGCCCUUAAACUUCGAAAGCCCAGACAGCCUGUUCAAAAGCCUAAUCUCCCCCAUCGCACCCAAGGACUUCUUCCAGGAUUACUGGGAGCAGAAGCCCCUGCUUAUCCAGAGGUCUGACCCUUCCCUGGCCGCUUACUACCAGUCUCUCUUCCAGUUUGCUGACCUCAAACAGCUCUGCGGCAGGGGAGUGUUCUACGGCAGGGACAUGAACUUCUGUCGCUGCGUAAAUGGCAAAAAGGUGGUUUUGAAUAAAGACGGUAAGGUGAACUACAACCAGCUGAAGAAGGAUUUUGAUCAGAAAAGAGCGACGAUUCAGUUCCACCAGCCUCAGAGAUUUAAGGAUGAGUUGUGGAGAAUCCAAGAGAAAUUGGAGUGCUUUUUUGGCUCUUUGGUGGGCUCCAACGUGUACAUCACACCACAGGAAUCCCAAGGCUUGCCUCCACAUUAUGAUGACGUUGAGGUGUUUAUUCUGCAGCUGGAAGGAGAGAAGCGCUGGCGGCUCUACAAACCCACAGUGCCUCUCGCCCGAGAGUACAGCCUGGAGCCGGAGGACCGCAUUGGGAGCCCCACACACGAGUUUACACUCAAGCCUGGUGACCUGCUGUAUUUCCCCAGAGGCACAAUCCACCAAGCGGACACACCCAGUGGAGUUCAGCACUCGACUCAUGUAACCAUCAGCACCUACCAGAACAACUCUUGGGGUGAUUUCCUGUUAGAUAUUGUCCCAGGAUUUGUAUUUGAUUCCAUGAAACAGGAUGUUGCUAUAAGGGCAGGCCUGCCCAGAAAGCUACUAAUGGAUGUAAAUAAAUCGGAUUAUGCAACUAAGCAGCUGUCUGGAUUUCUCAGAGGUCUGGCAGACAAGUUAGAGAGUGGACAAGAACUGAGGUCUGCGGACAUGAAGAAGGAUUUCAUAACAAACAGGCUUCCUCCUUACCUGGGAGGUGGCUGUGAACUCACGCCAGGUGGAAAACUGCCCAAACUGGAUGAUAAAAUCACACUGCGCUUUAAAGACCACGUCCUUAUCCUCGUGGAGCCUCAUCAAGAAAUGACAGAUGUUUCCACGGAGAUGGCAUUGUUUGUGUUUCACUCGCUGAACAACAGCAGAGCAAUGCACAUGAUGGGAGCCGGGGAGGAAGAGGACGACGACGAAGACGAGACGUUAAAGGGCCGCGGGCUUCGAUUCCCUCUGUCACACACAGAGGCCCUGAAACAGCUGCUGACAAUCGAGACGGUCUUCGUGAAAGAUCUCCGGUUAGACCUGGACACAGACAAAGAGAACCUUGCCUUGUCUCUCUGGACCGAGUGUCUGAUUGCAGUGAUGUAGUGGACAUGAAUAAAAAUCUAAUGUCUCAAGUGUCUUGUUUUUUUUUUCUUUCUUUAGUCAAUAGAAUAGUUUUUCUUAUUUUAUUUUAUUAGUUCAAAAAAGGGAAAGAGCUGUUAAUCCACAAAGCACAGACAGCAGUCAAUGGGAGCUUCCUCAAGUUGCUAUGGCAGUGUGAAGGACCACCCUUUUUUAGGGCCUGUGUGAAUUCUGUAGUCGUUUUGUGAUGUGAAUUACUGGGUAAAGAUUGAGAUGUUAUCUCAUUUCACUUCAGUUGUUGAAGCUUGAUUUGACCAUAGCCCACCCUAGGGGGUAGACAAACUUGGUGAUUUCAUGUGUCUUGCCUUUGGGCAUCCUUGACAUAUAUUCUGUGCAAGCUGCCUCUCCUUGUUCCCCAGUUAGUUUCAAGCAUGACAGGUAAGUCCUAGCUGACCUUAACAGAAGUCUGGUGCCAGGCACUCGCUUGGCAGUUUAAAGCUUCCUGAAGGAAUUAGGUAGUGCAUGUAAUAAUAGUGUUUUGAUAGCAGUUAACAAAAAAUAAAGUU